GUGCAUUAUAACUGUAUGUUACUUUUCAGUGUUAGUUCAAUAAAUUAUAUCCUUAAAUAUUUUACUACUUUUAUGAACAAUUAGUACAAAUAGGCAGGAAACUGUUGAUAAAUUACAUUAUUCCUUUGAUGUGUCAUUAUGGAUUUGUUAAAAACACCCUCUGUACAAUCUUUAUUAGAUUCCGAUUUAGAAUCAGUUGAGAGUCUUCAAUAUCUGGAUAUCGAAGAAUUAGAUGAGGUUGAAUAUGCUUUACCAGCCAGUGAGGCUCCCACCCUUGCUGAAGUUCUAUCUGCAGAAAAAGAAGAUGGCAAAAUUGCUGAUGCUUUUAAAACACCCGAAGAGCCGUCAGCUUGUUCAGCCCUCCAAGCAGACUUCAUGCAAGCAGUGUCACAACAAAUAACACAAGCACAGGAACGAUCUUCUGCAGGAGCAGCAACUGCACUGAGUGUAGGAACAUCGGGGAAGUUAACUGUUGGGACAGCACAUGGUCACCUUCUAUCUUUUUUUGACCAAACCUUACGAUGGGUCUGCAACUCUAACUCAGAUAAAGGAGCUGUGUCCUGUUUAUGCUACAAUAAAGAUAGCACUCGAUUGUUAGCUGGAUAUGCAAGAGGGCUCAUAUGCCAAUAUGAAAGUAUUCGAGGUAUACUGCUAAGGCGUGUGACACUUGGAGGUGAAACAUGGGGAACACUACGCGUCACGUGGGCAGGCACAUCGGGACUGGCGUUAGACACUGGUGGAUCGGUGUGGCUCAUAAAAUUCUCCAGGCCGCUAGGUGUUCGUUCUGCACGCACCUCUUGUCUUUUCUCAGGCGCAAGAGGUGAAGUAGUGGCCAUGACGGCUCGAGACGCCCGCAUCUUGGCCUUGGCGACGCUGUCACGUGUCAUCAUUGUGGCCGGCGGCCGCGCUGCGGGAGUGCGACUCGGAGGCCCUCCCGACACAUUACCAGUCUUGGAAUGGAGCGACACCGACGACAGAGUUCUAGUAUGUGGGCGCUCCAAAACAUUACAAUGGUUAACGGUCUCAAUCACUGGAUCUUCCAUAUCACUUCGACCAUUACAACGCGUGGAAUUGAAGACUGCACCGCUUUGGCUCGGGUGGCUUGGCGGCAAUUUGGCCAUUUUCGACACUGACGAGAAUCUUAGAUUGUGGGGGGAUGAUUAUGACAAACCAUUAGAUUUGUCACAUAUUGAGCCUGUUUACGCAUCGGCAUUCUUUAAGGGCCUUUGGACAGACGGCAGAGUGUCUCGCGCCAUGAGUACCGCCGGCGUGAGUGCCCUCGGCGGCGCCUGCGUCGUGGAAGGCGCGCUAUCCUUAUUGGGCAGACGCGGCAUAGUCCGCGUCAAGCCCAGGGACCUUCUCGCCCGAGCGAAAGCGUUCAUCUUCUCAGGCCAUCACCUGCAAGCAUUGCGUUUGCUCUGCUCGUCCCAAGGACCAGAAGCGAAAUCGCUCGCUAAUGAAUUCAUAUUAUUCUUAUCUGAAAGGCCAUCCUUGAUGAAGAAUAGAAGUGUUGCUGAACAGACUAUCAAACUGUGCUUGAAAUACAAUUUACAUGAAGAGUUAUGGUCGACCUUAUGGGAGCAAUGCUCAAGAGAAAAUGCAUUUGUGGAAGCACUUGGAGACGCCGCGGUACGAGGUGAAUUAUCAGAGAAUCCACCAUCCCCUGAUUCCACUCAGGCGUUAAUCGAGCGUUUGGCUGAGUUUGAGCCGAUGCUGGUCGAGAGAGUGGUCGCGUCGCUGCCGUUGACUUCGCUCGACCCGCACCGAGCCAGCGUUUUCACGAGGGAGAAAAAACUAUGGCGGGGAGUAGGAGCCAUCGCCGCGGCACUAGGCGGCAGCAGCGGCGCGAUGCGCGAGCUGGCGCCGUACGUCGAGGAGGGGUGCGCGGGGCGCGGCGGGGCGGGCGGUUGUGGCUGCGCGGGCGCCGCGCUCGUGUUGGCGGCGGCCGACGCGCUGGCGGGCCGCGGCGCCGCCGGCCGCCCGCUGCCUGACCACGCCCAGCCCUCGGCGAGACACGACGCCUUGCAUACGCUGCUGGCUGAAGAUGGCCCGGGCGGGCGCUCGAUCCUGCGCGUGCUGGUGGCGCACGAGGCGGCGGCGGCGGCGCGGCUGCUCGAGCAGAGCGCGCGCGAGGCGCCCUUCGCGGGCCCGCUGGCCAAGCAGAACCGCCUGCGAGUCGCGCGCGCCCUGCUUGCCUUCGCGCCCGAUCUCCAGGUACACGACUAUACGAAAAUGAAACCUAUUCCGAUGUAAUUGAGGCCGUAUUUU